AUGCAGUUCUGUCUUUGCAAGCUGCGCACUCACCAGUGGUGUUUCCUGCUCUUCAAUGUGGUGCUCUUCCACGCUCUGUUGUUUGGAGCAGACUUUGUUGAGGAGUACCUCCUCCAGCCUACUCCAGGGGUCUAUACUGAUGCUAUGGUUGUUGAUGUCAGGGAGAAGGCAAGGAAACUGGACCUGAGCAGUGCCAGGGAGAAUGUGUCCCAGGCCUACCCCAUCGCUAACCCUCAUGCCUGCCGAAACUCUGAUCUCUUCCUCCUCACUCUCAUCUUCAGCUCCCCAGCCAAUGUCACCCAGAGAGAUGCAGUCAGGAAGUCCUGGGCCAACAAGACACACAUCCAAGGGUUUCCUGUACAGGUUCUUUUCUUUUUAGGAUCAACCCAGACCUCAACUGCACAAGAGAUUCUCAUGAAAGAGUCUGAUCAUUAUGGUGACAUGAUCCAGGGUCACGCAGUAGCUGACUCCUCCCUCCGCAGCGCAACAGAGAGGACACUGCUGGCCCUUCGGUGGGUGGUCACCAUUUGCCCUGUGGCACGCUUUGUCCUGCUGACCAAAGACUCUGUGUUUGUCAACCUGCCCACCCUCGGAGCCUAUCUGCUGGGUCUACACAGGCACCCUGAGGACCUCUACCUCGGUAGGGUGAUCCAGAGAGCCUCCCCUGAUCGUGAUCCCACUAGCCCUGGUUACCUGCCUCCAACCCUCUACCCUGAAAAGUAUCUCCCUGAUUACUGCGAUGGGACCGCCUACGUUUUAUCUCAGGAUGUGGUCCGAAAAGUCUAUGUAGCAUCUGCUUUAGUCCAUGCACCUGUGCCAGCUGAUGUUUUUGUUGGCCUUUGUGCCCAGAGGGCUGGUGUGACGCCAACCCACAGUGCCAGGUUCUCAGGGGACAAGCACAUCCGCUACAAUGCUUGCUGCUACCGCUAUCUGUUCAGCUCAGCAGGGAUAGGGAGUGAGGAACUGGGUACAGUGUGGGCAGACCUGGGGCAAGAGGAAAGAAAAUGCUCACUGUUAGAGACUUACUAUGGCCUGGUGGCCUGCAAGGCUCUCACCUACCUGGAUAAACUGUCUUUCUUCAACUCACACAGCCAAGAUGACACUGGCUCACAUGGCUAA